UUUUUUAGCAAUAACAGGUUAGUACUGUUGAAAUCCUGCUGUAAAUUAACAGCAAUUGUUUCCAGUGUAUAUAGGAAGGGAGGGAAGUUCGUCGCUGUAUUUCUACCCUCCACCUUAAAGAAGGAUGCUUCGUUGAGCUGUGAGUGGGACUACAGACGGAGUUCACUCCAUCACGGAGGGGGAGGGUGAAGGGACCGGAUUGGAUUUGGGCCUACAGUAUGUUACUGAGCUACAUGCUUAUUCUUGUGGAGACAGUCUAGGCCAGGAUGAACUGCUGUUCUUCCACUUAUCACUGUGAAAUCUCAAGGUCUUGUAACUAACUGCUGCUUGUCCUGACCGUAACACCAAACUUUAUCAGCCUCACAGGCCAACAUGACUGUCCUCAUGUAGCAUGUUUGAUGAUGUCCUUCGGUUUCCUCUCACGCUUUCCCAGCUGAAAUCUCCAUCGUCUUGCCUCCCCUGUCCCCGUCCACCAUGAAGGGGUUUUAAACUAAAGUGUACACAGCGUCAAAUUGAGUUAUGGCUCCAUGUCAAUAAACUGUUUCACCGCCAUCCCGUCACUGCUGGAGCCAGAAGCUGACAUCGUGAGUGUCCUUGUCCGAUUAGGCCGAUCAAUGAGACUGAACAGAGAGGAGAGAGGAAGAAGAGGAAGGAAGAGGAGGAGGAGUGGAAGGAGAACUGAGGGAUGUGUCUGUGUGAGUUGAGAGGAGGGGGCAGCUCCUCCCAUAAUUAACUUAGCGUGCUGCGCUGGAGGUCCAUGUUUACGGGGCAGGCGAGGGAGUUUCCUUCACUCGGUGGACAGCUCUGAGCUCGGAGAAGGCAGCAGCCGGCGCUCUCACUCUCUUCUCUCUCUCUGGUUAUUUCUGCAACUCAUCCCCUUCGCUGCGCUGCGACUAGCGACCUGCACUCACAGGCUGAUCCAGGACGAGUCGGGGAGGAGGGAGCAGCAGCAACAGCAGCAGCACCUGCCUAACCCUCCACCACCACCUCCACCACCACCCUCCCUUCCUCCCUCCCUCUGUCAUCCCUCGCCUGCCCGGCCCAGGACCUCAUCUCCUCUGCCACCGCUUCCACCACCACCGCCAUCAUGUGCGACUGUUUCCACCUGGCCUUCCCCAACUGGCACGCCGACUCCUCACGGACGGGUGCGGGUCGAAGGCUGAGAGCACCAGAGCCCGGUACCGAGGACGAUUCAACAUGUGACGAGCCAUCUCAGUUCACAGAGAGAGAGCGACCGCGGCCUCAAGGAUCGUCCCCCGUCGAGGAGUAUCCUGAAACUGAAAAAUACACCGACAGUGACAAAGAGUGUGAAGCGGAGCAUGACCCACACCAGAAAAGUGGCAGUGGAAAGAAAACUAAAAAGUCUGGGCUUGGGUCCAUGUUUGAAAAGCGUUCGACUUCAAAGAUGAGUAAACUGAAGGAAGUUCACAGCCCCGAGUCUGGGGUGAUCGUGAAAACAGCCCAAGAUGGAUGUUCAGAGGGUCUCGUUUAUGGUGGAGGAGGGAAAGAGGGGAUCUUCAUUAAGGAAGUGGUUCCAGAGUCACCUGCCUCAAAAAGUCUGAAACUGAAAGAAGGUGAUCAGAUUCUGAGCGCCACUGUCUAUUUCGACAACGUGUCAUACGAGGACGCCAUUCAGAUUCUGGAGCACGCUCAGGCUUACAAAGUGAAGCUCUGCUUGAAACGCAAACCAGACAUCACAGAGUCCGAACCGGUCCUCGAAUCUGACACCAUCCCUGAGGACGACGUCUACGUUCCAGAGAUGAGGGAGCAAGGAAAAACCAGAAGGCGUGGCGAUGCCCGCAUUUCAUGGCCUAAGUUUCCCUCCUUUGGAAAAGGACGCAAGUCCCGCUUUACGAGGUCUCACAGCUCCUCAGAGGCUGAUGAGCAGAGAAAGCUCGAGCUUAGCCCCACCACAAGUGACACAGAGUCACCUAUAAAAUCUCAGGAUGCUCUCAAAGGCAAGAAGAAGCAUAAAAUGAAGCUUUCUGUUCUGCCAAAAAGAGGUCGCAUAAGUUCAUCUGAAGAGCAGGACACAGACGCACCAACGACCGCGCCGAUGAUUUCACCUGAGUGCCUUGAAAGCCCCUCAGGAGAAACACCUCAAGUCUAUGUGACAGAGGAUCGGAAAGUAGUGGAAGAUUAUCAAAAACUGACUGAACCUCUAACUGAGCAACACAAGGUGGAACUCAUCACGAUAGAUAGCACUCUGAAAACAGAAGAUCUAACCAUGGCUCUGGCAGGUCAAAAAAGCCCCUCUGGUAACAAGUCGCCUGACGGGAAGAAAAAGAAGAAAGAAAAGUCUGAAUUAAAAAUGAGAAUUAUGGGGAAGGAUAAAGCAAACAAGAAAGCGAAAUCGUCACCAAAAAGGCUGAAAACACUGGGGGCAAGUAUUGAAAUAGCAGACCAACCUGAAAAUGAAAAAUCAGAUGCCAUCCUAAGUUUUGAGUCACAAACACAUAAAGAUCAACUUGCACUUGAUGCCAACACCCAAAUCUCAGCCAAAUCACCAAUGGAAAUGAGUGUACCAAAGGUGGAACUUGGAAUAUCUGACGUUGCGCUGAUACGAAAGUCUCCUCAGAAAGGUGAAGAAAAAGCAAAGAAAGGCAAGGACAGCAAGACAACAUUCAAACUGCCUAAAAUAGGCUUUACUGACAUUGACGACGAGGAAACAAUCCCAAAUAUCAAUGUAAAUGUUGAAAAAGGCACAGCUAAAAUUGAGCUGCUUACAACUGAGGGUGCAGAAGUGAAAGAAGAUCCCUACGACAGAUUGUCAAAAAGCAGUCUUUCCAGAACAAAACUUCCCAAACGUGAAGACAUUGAGAUUCCAGGUAUGGAGGAUAUGUCUAGGAGGACCACAGCCAAAGGAAUUAAAGAACCGAAAGCGUUUUUUGCAGGACCUUAUGACGACAUUCAAUCUGAAACUGUACAAAUGUCAAUUGAUGUUGACAGUGUGAAAGAGGCAGUUUCAAAAUUGCCUGGAUUUAAGCUGCCAAAGGUUGACACAAGUGGAGUGCUUAUUCCUGAAGAAAUCACUGUGAUAGACGCAAAUGCACAAAGAAUAUCAGUGAAAACACCCACUAAAACAAAACAUGACGCACACUUGAGCAAGUUUGACGUAACUGCCUCUCCAGAAAUCUCCAAGACGACAGUCAAACUACCAAAGAUCUCACCUGCUGAUUUAACCUCAGAGGAACUUUUAAUGGUGACCCAUGUAAAACAAAGCGACAAAGAGGUUUAUAAACGAGAACAUAUCAUAAUACCUGGAAAAGAAAGUGCACAAGAUGUAGCCCUUCUUCAGACACAAGACGCAGAUGGCAUCAAAUCUGAAUAUCAAUCUGCAGCUACAUUCAAAUCAAAGAGGGCAAAGAUAACAAUGCCGUGCUUUGAGAUUGGAAAACCAGACAUAAAAAUCCCGGAUGUUGGAAUUCACUUGCCAAAAGUUGACAACGUAAAAGGAGAAAGGAAAAUAUUCCUCCAAGAAGAAGAAAUCUCAAAGACUGAACACAAGAUUGGAGGAGUCGUAUUGGAUGUCAAAAUACCCGAAAUUGACGGCAUUGAAUACAUUGAUGAUUCAGUCGAUGGUUCACCAGGCAAAAUGGAUGGUGGCUAUGGGCUUACAGGUUUUGAUGUUAAUCUCGAUGCUGCGAGCCCAAAGGCUGACAUCUCCUUUCCAUAUAUCAGAAGAGAUAUUGAAGCUGAGGAGCACACAUUCAAACUGCCCAAAUUUGGAGCACUAACUCCAGAUAUCAGCGUAAAUAUGCCUGAUGCAAAUAAGGAUAUAAUCAUUGAUGGGGCCGAGAUAAAAUCACUUGAAAGGGAGGGAAAGGGUGGCAAGUUUAAAAUACCAGAUCUCGGCAUCUCCAUGCCAAAGGUGAAAGGACCUACAAUUGAUGUAAGCCUAUCAAAAAAAGACGUAGAUGUCACACUACCAGAAGCUAAAGCUGAGGUUGAACUCCCAGACAUUCCUGAGGUUACUCUUGGAAAUGUAGAUGUUUCUAUUCCAGAGCAAAAGCUGGACAUCAAAAGGCCUGAACUGGAAAUCAAACCUUGGCAGGUUGAAGGCGAACUUGAUGGACAAGGAAGCAAGUUCAAGAAGCCAAAGUUUGGAAUCUCAAUGCCAAAAGUAAAAGGACCUGAAUUUGAUUUAAGCUGGUCAAAGAAAGACGUAGAUGUCACACUACCAGGGGCUAAAGCUGAAGUCAUACUCCCAGAAGCCCCUGAGAUUGAUGUGAAUCUUGGAACUGUAGAUGUUCAAAAACCUGAUUUGGAAAUCAAAUCUCUGAGGGCUGAAGGGGAACUUGAUGGACACGGAGGCAAGUUUAAAAUGCCAAAGUUGGGAAUGUCAAUGCCAAAAGUAAAAGGACCUGAAUUUCACUUUGGCUUAACAAAGAAAGACGGAGAUGUGACACUACCAGAAGCCAUAGCUGAGGUCGAACUCCCUGAAGCUCCUAAAAUUUCUGUGGAUAUGAAAUCACCAGAGUUUGAGGGAGAAAUCGAUGGGCAAGGAGGCAAGUUCAAAAUGCCAAAGUUGGGAAUGUCAAUGCCAAAAGUAAAAGGACCUGAAUUUCACUUUGGUUUAUCAAAGAAAGAUGGAGAUGUAACAUUGCCAGAAGCCAAAGCUGAAGUAAAAGUACCUGAAGUUGAACUAAAAGGACCCUCUGCUGAGGUCGAAAUUAAAGCUCCUGAAGUAAAAGUCCGUGCAAAAGGCAAAGAAGGAUCGCCACUGAAAUUUAAGAUGCCGUCAUUCAAACUACCAAAAUUUGGAGUUGUUACUCCAAACGUUUCUGUAGAAGUACCUGAUAUGGACAAAGAUGUCAAAAUCGAUGGAGCUGAUAUAAAGAUCCCUGACGAGGGGGCUGCGGUCCACAUCGCAGCACCCAGCAUUGACAUUGAGGGCCCUUCAAUCGAUGUGAAAACUACAGGAGCUGAACAGGACGGGAAAGGAGGCAAGUUUAAAAUGCCACAUCUUGGUUUCGCCAUGCCAAAAGUGAAAGGACCUAAAAUGGAUGUAAGCCUAUCAAAGAAAGACGUAGAUGUAAAAUUACCAGAGACAAAAGCUGAUGUCAAACUUCCAGAGGUUGAUCUUGGAAAAGUAGAUGUUUCAAUUCCAGAGGCUAAACUGGAGGUUACAAAGCCUGAAAUGGAAAUGCAGACUGAAGGUGAACUUGAUGGACAAGGAGAAAAGUUCAAAAUGCCAAAGUUUGGAAUCAAAAUGCCGGAAAUUGACUUUAGCUCAUCAAAGAAAGACACAGAUAUCACAUUACCAGGGACCAAAGCAGAGAUCAAACUCCCAGAAGGCCCUAAAAUCGAUGCCAGUCUUGGAAAAGCAGAGGUUUUGAUUCCAGAGGCAAAGUUGGAAAUUAGAAAACCUGAAGUGGAAAUCAAACCUUUGCAGACAGACAUUGAACUUGAAGGACACAAAGGCAAGUUCCAAAUGCCAAAGUUUGGAGUCUCAAUGCCAAAAGUAAAAGGACCUGAAUUUGAUUUAAGCUGGUCAAAGAAAGAUGUAGAUGUGACACUACCAGAGGCUAAAGCUGAGGUUGAACUCCCAGACACUCCUAACAUUGCUGUUGAUAUGAAACCACCAGAGUUUGAAGGAGAAAUGGAUGGGCAAGGAGGCAAGUUCAAAAUGCCAAAGUUUGGAAUCUCAAUGCCAAAAGUAAAAGGACCUGAAUUUGAUUUAAGCUGGUCAAAGAAAAAUGUAGAUGUGACACUACCAGAGGUUAAAGCUGAGGUUGAACUCCCAGACACUCCUAACAUUGCUGUUGAUAUGAAACCACCAGAGUUUGAAGGAGAAAUCGAUGGGCAAGGAGGCAAGUUCAAAAUGCCAAAGUUUGGAAUCUCAAUGCCAAAAGUAAAAGGACCUGAAUUUGAUUUAAGCUGGUCAAAGAAAGAUGUAGAUGUGACACUACCAGAGGCUAAAGCUGAGGUUGAACUCCCAGACACUCCUAACAUUGCUGUUGAUAUGAAACCACCAGAGUUUGAAGGAGAAAUCGAUGGGCAAGGAGGCAAGUUCAAAAUGCCAAAGUUUGGAAUCUCAAUGCCAAAAGUAAAAGGACCUGAAUUUGAUUUAAGCUGGUCAAAGAAAGAUGUAGAUGUGACACUACCAGAGGCUAAAGCUGAGGUUGAACUCCCAGACGCUCCUAAAAUUGCUGUGGAUAUGAAACCACCAGAAUGUGAAGCAGACAUCGAUGGGCAAGGAGGCAAGUUCAAAAUGCCAAAGUUUGGAAUCUCAAUGCCAAAAGUAAAAGGACCUGAAUUUGAUUUAAGCUGGUCAAAGAAAGAUGUAGAUGUGACACUACCAGAGGCUAAAGCUGAGGUUGAACUCCCAGACGCUCCUAAAAUUGCUGUGGAUAUGAAACCACCAGAAUGUGAAGCAGACAUCGAUGGGCAAGGAGGCAAGUUCAAAAUGCCAAAGUUUGGAGUCUCAAUGCCAAAAGUGAAAGGACCUGAAUUUGAUUUAAGCUGGUCAAAGAAAGAUGUAGACGUCACACUACCAGAAGCCAAAGCUGAAGUCAAUCUCCCCGAUGUUGAACUCAAAGAACCUUCUGCUAAAGUAGAAGUUAAAGCUCCGGAGAUUGAAGCUCAUCUAGGCAGUGUGAAAGGGUCACCAUCCAAAUUUAAAUUACCAACAUUCAAAUUUCCCAAAUUUGGAGCUGCCACUCCAACUGUCAGCGCUGAAGUACCUGAUAUAGACAAAGAAAUCAAAAUUGAUGGAGGUGACAUGCACAUAUCUGUGCCACACACAGAUGUUGAUGUACCAGAAAUUAAAGCAGAGGUCCAUCUGCCAAAGGUUCAAGUCAAAAAGCCUUCAGGUGGCAUUGUGAUAGAGCAACAGCCAGGUGUUGAGGUAGAUGCAAAAGUGAAAAGACCAAGGUUCUCACUGCCCAGAUUUUCUUUUUCAAAACCAAGUGUUAAGUCCCCAGAAGUUGAUGCCAGUCUUCAGGAUGUGAAUGUUGCAAUUCCAGAGGGAAAGGUGGAAGUGAAAGGAGGGGAAGUGGAUGUGAAACUACCAGAGUGUGAAGCAGAAGUUGAAGGAAGCAAGUUUAAAUUGCCAAAGUUUGGAAUUACAAUGCCAAAAGUAAAAGGACCUGAUAUUGAUUUAAGCUGGUCAAAGAAAGAUGUAGAUGUGACACUACCAGAGGCUAAAGCUGAGGUUGAACUCCCAGACACUCCUAAAAUUGCCGUGGAUAUGAAACCACCAGAGUGCGAAGGAGAAAUCGAUGGACAAGGAGGCAAGUUCCAAAUGCCAAAGUUUGGAAUUACAAUGCCAAAAGUAAAAGGACCUGAUUUUGAUUUAAGCUGGUCAAAGAAAGAUGUAGAUGUGACACUACCAGAGGCUAAAGCUGAGGUUGAACUCCCAGACGCUCCUAAAAUUGCUGUGGAUAUGAAACCACCAGAGUGCGAAGGAGAAAUCAAUGGGCAAGGAGGCAAGUUCAAAAUGCCAAAGUUUGGAAUUACAAUGCCAAAAGUAAAAGGACCUGAAUUUGAUUUAAGCUGGUCAAAGAAAGAUGUAGAUGUGACACUACCAGAGGCUAAAGCUGAGGUUGAACUCCCAGACGCUCCUAAAAUUGCUGCGGAAAUGAAACCACCAGAAUGUGAAGCAGACAUCGAUGGGCAAGGAGGCAAGUUCAAAAUGCCAAAGUUUGGAGUCUCGAUGCCAAAAGUGAAAGGACCUGAAUUUGAUUUAAGCUGGUCAAAGAAAGAUGUAGAUGUGACACUACCAGAGGCUAAAGCUGAGGUUGAACUCCCAGACGCUCCAAAAAUUGCUGUGGAAAUGAAACCACCAGAGUUUGAAGGAGAAAUCGAUGGGCAAAGAGGCAAGUUCAAAAUGCCAAAGUUUGGAAUCACAAUGCCAAAAGUAAAAGGACCUGAAUUUGAUUUAAGCUGGUCAAAGAAAGAUGUAGAUGUGACACUACCAGAGGCUAAAGCUGAGGUUGAACUCCCAGACGCUCCUAAAAUUGCUGUGGAUAUGAAACCACCAGAGUGUGAAGGAGAAAUCGAUGGGCAAGGAGGCAAGUUCAAAAUGCCAAAGUUUGGAAUCACAAUGCCAAAAGUAAAAGGACCUGAAUUUGAUUUAAGCUGGUCAAAGAAAGAUGUAGAUGUGACACUACCAGAGGCUAAAGCUGAGGUUGAACUCCCAGACACUCCUAAAAUUGCUGUGGAUAUGAAACCACCAGAGUGUGAAGCAGACAUCGAUGGGCAUGGAGGCAAGUUCAAAAUGCCAAAGUUUGGAAUCUUAAUGCCAAAAGUGAAAGGACCUGAAUUUGAUUUAAGCUGGUCAAAGAAAGAUGUAGAUGUGACACUACCAGAGGCUAAAGCUGAGGUUGAACUCCCAGAUGCUCCUAAAAUUGCUGUGGAUAUGAAACCACCAGAAUGUGAAGCAGACAUCGAUGGGCAAGGAGGCAAGUUCAAAAUGCCAAAGUUUGGAGUCUCAAUGCCAAAAGUGAAAGGACCUGAAUUUGAUUUAAGCUGGUCAAAGAAAGAUGUAGACGUCACACUACCAGAAGCCAAGGCUGAAGUCAAUCUACCCGAUGUUGAACUCAAAGAACCUUCUGCUAAAGUAGAAGUUAAAGCUCCUGAGAUUGAAGCUCAUCUAGGCAGUGUGAAAGGGUCACCAUCCAAAUUUAAAUUACCAACAUUCAAAUUUCCCAAAUUUGGAGCUGCCACUCCAACUGUCAGCGCUGAAGUACCUGAUAUAGACAAAGAAAUCAAAAUUGAUGGAGGUGACAUGCACAUAUCUGUGCCACACACAGAUGUUGAUGUACCAGAAGUUAAAGCAGAGGUCCAUCUGCCAGAUGUUCAUGUCAAAAAGCCUUCAGGCAGCAUUGUGAUAGAGCAACAGCCAGGCGUUGAGAUAGAUGCAAAAGUGAAAAGGCCAAGGUUCUCACUGCCCAGAUUUUCUUUUUCAAAACCAAGUGUUAAGUCCCCAGAAGUUGAUGCCAGUCUUCAGGAUGUGAAUGUUACAAUUCCAGAGGGAAAGUUGGAAGUGAAAGGAGGGGAAGUGGAUGUGAAACUACCAGAGUGUGAAGCAGAAGUUGAAGGAAGCAAGUUUAAAUUGCCAAAGUUUGGAAUCACAAUGCCAAAGGUAACAGGGCCUGAAAUUGAUUUAAGUGUAUCAAAGAAAGAUGUCACAUUACCAGAAGCUCAAGCUGAAAUCCAACUGCCCAAUGUUGAACUCAAAGAACCUAAAGUGGAAAUUAAAGCUCCUGAGAUUAAGGUUGCGACAAAGGAUACAGAAGGAUCACCGUCAAAAUUUAAGAUGCCAACAUUCAAAUUACCAAAAUUUGGAAUUGCCACUGUGGAAGUGCCCGAUAUGGACAAAGACAUCAAAAUCGAUGGAGCUGACAUUAACAUGCCUGAAGAGGUUCUUACAGUUGAAAUGGCAGCACCCAGCGUUGACAUUGAAGGCCCAUCAAUAGAUAUUAAAACUACCGGAACUGAACAUGAAAGGAAAGGUAGCAAGUUUAAACUACCGAGUCUCGGCUUUUCUGGGCCUCAAGUCAAACAGCCUGACAUUGAUUUAAGCGUAUCAAAGAACGAUGGAGAUGUGACUCUACCAGAAGCCAAAGUUGAUGUCAAGCUCCCUGACGUUGGACUGAAAGAACCUUCUGCUGAAGUUGACAUUAAAGCUCCUAAGAUCAAGGUUGCAGCAAAGGAUAAAGAUGGAUCACCAUCCAAAUUUAAGAUGCCAACAUUCAAAUUACCAAAAUUUGGAAUUGCCACUGUGGAAGUGCCCGAUAUGGACAAAGACAUCAAAAUCGAUGGAGCUGACAUUAACAUGCCUGAAGAGGUUCUUACAGUUGAAAUGGCAGCACCCAGCGUUGACAUUGAAGGCCCAUCAAUAGAUAUUAAAACUACCGGAACUGAACAUGAAAGGAAAGGUAGCAAGUUUAAACUACCGAGUCUCGGCUUUUCUGGGCCUCAAGUCAAACAGCCUGACAUUGAUUUAAGCGUAUCAAAGAACGAUGGAGAUGUGACUCUACCAGAAGCCAAAGUUGAUGUCAAGCUCCCUGACGUUGGACUGAAAGAACCUUCUGCUGAAGUUGACAUUAAAGCUCCUAAGAUCAAGGUUGCAGCAAAGGAUAAAGAUGGAUCACCAUCCAAAUUUAAGAUGCCAACAUUCAAAUUACCAAAAUUUGGAAUUGCCACUGUGGAAGUGCCCGAUAUGGACAAAGACAUCAAAAUCGAUGGAGCUGACAUUAACAUUCCUGAAGAGGUUCUUACAGUUGAAAUGGCAGCACCCAGCGUUGACAUUGAAGGCCCAUCAAUAGAUAUUAAAACUACCGGAACUGAACAUGAAAGGAAAGGUAGCAAGUUUAAACUACCAAGUCUCGGCUUUUCUGGGCCUCAAGUCAAACAGCCUGACAUUGAUUUAAGCGUAUCAAAGAAAGAUGGAGAUGUGACUCUACCAGAAGCCAAAGUUGAUGUCAAACUCCCUGACGUUGGACUGAAAGAACCUUCUGCUGAAGUUGACAUUAAAGCUCCUAAGAUCAAGGUUGCAACAAAGGAUAAAGAUGGAUCACCAUCCAAAUUUAAGAUGCCAACAUUCAAAUUACCAAAAUUUGGAAUUAUUACUCCAAGUGCCACUGUAGAAAUGCCUGAUAUGGACAAAGACGUCAAAAUCGAUGGAGCUGACAUUAAAAUUCCUGAAGAGGUUCUUACAGUUGAAAUUGCAGCACCCAGUGCUGACAUUGAAGGCCCAUCAAUAGAUAUUAAAACUACAGGAACUGAACAUGAAGGAAGCAAGUUCAAACUGCCAAGUUUCGGUUUUUCUGGGCCUCAAAUCAAGCGGCCUGACAUUGAUUUCAGCUUAUCAAAGAAAGAUGUAGAUGUGACUGUACCAGCAGUCAAAGCUGAAGUCAAACUCCCUGACGUUGAAGUAAAAGAACCUUCUGCCAAAGUAGAAAUCAAAGCUCCUGGAAUUGAUGUUAAGACAAGUAAUGUUGAAGGAUCACCAUCAAAAUUGAAAAUGCCAACAUUCAAAUUACCCAAAUUUGGAGCCAGUGUGGAAGUACCUGAUGUGGACAAAGACAUUAAAGUCGACGGAGCAGAUUUAAAAUUACCAGAAGCAAAAGUUGAAGUCAAACUUCCUGAUGUAGACAUCGAAGAGCCAAUGAUAGAGGGUGAUGCCAAGUUGAGAAAGACAAGCUGGACAAUGCCAAAAUUUUCAUUUUCAAAGACAAGCGUUAAGGCCCCCGAGGCUGAUGUCAACCUUGAUGUCCCAAAAGUUGACGUUACACUACCAGAGGCUAAAGCAGACGUAAAUCUUCCGGAUAUCGAUAUCAAAGAAUCCUCAGGUAUUUCAAUAGAGGGGGCACCUGCUACAGACCUUGAUGCUAAAUUGAAAAAGCCAAGGUUUUCACUACCCAGAUUUUCAUUUUCAAAGCAAGGUUCAAAAGAGUCCAAAGUUGAUGUCAGUCUCCCAGAUGUUGAUGUUUCACUUCCAGAAGGAAAUGUGGAAGUUAAACAACCUGAAGUGGAGUUCAAGCCACCAGAAGUUGAUGUAGAAUUAGAGGGGCAGGAAAGCAAGUUUAAAUUGCCAAAGUUUGGCAUCUCAAUGCCAAAAGUUAAAGGGCCUGAAAUCGAUUUGAGCUUAUCAAAGAAAGAUGUAGAUGUCACACUCCCAGAAGCCAAAGCUGAAGUUCAUCUUCCGGAUGUCAAAAUAAAACCACCAUCUGCUACAGUGGAAAUUAAAGCUCCCCAGAUUGAAGUUCAAACAGGUAAUGUUGAAGGAUCACCGUCAAAAUAUAAGAUGCCAACAUUCACAUUACCCAAAUUUGGAGCUGCCACUCCAAAGGUCAGUGUGGAAGUACCUGAUGUGGACAAAGACAUUAAAAUUGACGGAGCUAAAGUGAAUGUCACAGCACCCAGCAUUGACACUGAAGGCCUAUCUGUAGAUGUGAAAGCAAAAGGAAGUGAACUUGAAGGAUCAGGAAGCAAGUUUAAACUACCAAAGUUUGGCAUCUCAAUGCCAAAAGUCAAAGGACCUGAAAUUGAUUUAAGUGUAUCAAAGAAAGAUGUCACACUACCAGAAGCUCAAGCUGAAAUCCAACUGCCCAAUAUUGAAGUCAAAGAACCUAAAGUGGAAAUUAAAGCUCCUGAGAUCAAGGUUGCGACAAAGGAUACAGAAGGAUCACCGUCAAAAUAUAAGAUGCCAACAUUCACAUUACCCAAAUUUGGAGCUGCCACUCCAAAGGUCAGUGUGGAAGUACCUGAUGUGGACAAAGACAUUAAAAUUGACGGAGCUAAAGUGAAUGUCACAGCACCCAGCAUUGACACUGAAGGCCUAUCUGUAGAUGUGAAAGCUAAAGGAAGUGAACUUGAAGGAUCAGGAAGCAAGUUUAAACUACCAAAGUUUGGCAUCUCAAUGCCAAAAGUCAAAGGACCUGAAAUUGAUUUAAGUGUAUCAAAGAAAGAUGUCACAUUACCAGAAGCUCAAGCUGAAAUCCAACUGCCCAAUAUUGAAGUCAAAGAACCUAAAGUGGAAAUUAAAGCUCCUGAGAUCAAGGUUGCGAUUAAGGAUAAAGAAGGAUCACCGUCAAAAUAUAAGAUGCCAACAUUCAAAUUACCCAAAUUUGGAAUGGGUACUCCAAGUGCCACUGUGGAAGUGCCCGAUAUGGACAAAGACAUCAAAAUCGAUGGAGCAGACAUUCAAUUUCCUGAAGAGGUUCUUGCAGUUCACAUGGCAGCACCCAGCGUUGACAUUGAAGGCCCAUCGAUAGAUAUUAAAACUACAGGAACUGAACAUGAAGAAAAAGGAAGCAAGUUUAAACUACCAAGUCUCAGUUUUUCUGGUCCUCAAGUCAAACAGCCUGACAUUGAUUUAAGCUUAUCAAAGAAAGAUGUAGAUGUGACUCUACCAGAAGCCGAAGUAAAACUGCCCGAUGUUGAAGUCAAAGAAACUGAAGGUGCCAUUUCAGUACCAGAUGCACCAACAGUUGAGGUUGACACCAAGAUGAAACGACCCGGCUGGACAUUUCCAAAAUUUUCAUUUUCAAGGACAGGCGGUAAAGCCCCUGAUGUUGAUGUCAACAUUGAAGCACCCAAAGUUGAUGUCACAUCACCAGAGGUCAUAGUAGAAGUCCAAGGACCUUCAGGGGCGAUUUCAAUGGAAGAGCCACCUGCUGCAGAACUUGACGAAAACUUGAAAAAAUCUAAAUUUUCACUACCCAGAUUUUCUUUUUCAAAGUCAAGUGUUAAAGAACCUGAAGAGCUUCCACGUGUUGAUGUUUCUCUUCCAGAGGGAGAAGUGAUAGUCACGCAACCUGAAGUGAAAAUUAAAGCUCCUGAGCUUGAAGCUGAACAUGACGGGCAAGGAAGCAAGUUUAAAUUGCCAAAGUUCGGCAUUGCACUACCAAAAGCAAAAGGACCUGAAGAAGAUUUAAGUGCAUCACAGAAAGAUGCAGGUAUCACACUGCCAGAAGUUAAAGCAGAGGUCAAACUCCCUGAAAUCAAAGUCAAAGGAUCUUCAGCUAGUGUGGAAAUUAAAGCUUCUGAGACUGAAGGAUCACAAUCGAAAUUUAAAAUGCCAACACUGAAAAUGCCGAAAUUUGGAGCUGCUACCUAUGAUGUCACCGUAGAAGCACCUGAUGCAGAAAAAAUUUCUGAAACUGAUGGAGCUAAACUUAAGGAGGAUGUUACUGUCAGCAUAAAAGGUCCAAGUAUUGAUAUUAAAACAGAUGUGUCAAAAGCAGCAGAUGCUGAAACACCAAAGACUGAGAUUGACGGCGCGGGUCUUAUCUCUCCAAGUAAAUUCAAACUACCAUCAUUUGGUGACAUCCUGAAGAGUAUUGAUGUUGAAUUUGAUGUUCCAAAAACAGAACAAAAUCUUGAAACCUCAAAGGAAGUUCAUGAAACCAAUGAACCCAGUGGAAAGCAGGUAGAGGAAAAGGAAACAAAGCAAGAUACUAUCAAAAGUCCUGAGAGGACAGGUUGGUUUAGAUUCCCUAAGUUUGGAAUGUCCUCCCCAUCAGAACCUGCAAAGAGCGCUGAAAAAGACGAGAGUAAAGAUGAAAAGAGCCCAGUGUGGGAAACGGCGGAGGAGGAAUUAAGCCCCACCUGCUCUGUCCAGUCAUCAGACGCCUUUGCUGAUAUUAGCUCUGCCAUGACAAGUGAGCAUGUUGGCCUGUCCUCAUCUUCUCCAACCAAGGUAACUGUCAAAUACUCUGAUCCUAAUGUCGCUACAGGGCUUGGAGAGAUGCACGGUAACAUAGUUACCUCCACCACGAGGACUGAGCUGAUCUCGGUUGAGCCCAACUUGCCUGAGAAAAUCACCAUACUGUCAUCUUCAUCGGAGGACACGCUCAGACUGGAAUCAGGAAAAAUACACGUCAUUACGUCAAAUAUACAAGCGACCCCAGAAGCAGAGCAUGCCAGGCUACUAAGCGCUGUCCACAUCCAAUCAGCCGGAGGCCUUCCCCUCGAGUCAGGGGCUAACGAAGCUGCAUCGUGGACUGUCGAGGACUCACAAGGCGGAAAGAAAACAGUCUUCGAGAGGCAUUCGGUUAGGCAAACAUCAAGCGAAAGAAGUGAAAGCAAAGAAACAAUCGUUAUAACUAAACAAAUCACACGUAGGUUUGACUCUUCUGAGCCCAUCUCAGGUGAGACGGCUUCAUCCAUUCAACGACUGAAAGACUCUGUGCACUCUGAGAAAAUGAGGUUCUUUGAUGGCGUCGACGAGUGAAAUAACUUGAUGUAAAUGAUGUCUAAAGAUACAAUCCCUCAUUAUCCAGCCUCAGUGGGCGUUGGGUUACUGAAUGUCACAGUGACAGAGAGGUGAGAUAGAAAAACAGGUUCUGGAUUGUUAGCAAGUUUAACGUACCAAUCACUGGAGAGAAUCAGUCCGGUGUUCGAUCUCUGGUAGCAUGUUGUUGACCUGUAAAGAGAUGGAUUGUUGUAAUUCACUGACUGAUUAAGUUGUUAAUAAGCUGAGUGCCCUUACUGCAAAUUAUGACAGAACUUUACCAAAUAUCCUUGCUUAUUAUGGUACAGAACUAAAGUAAGCCAUGUAUUUUGCUUAUCAAAACUUAUAAUAUAUUUGUCGUUUCAUAGUUUUUAAUGUACAACACUGAUCUUGUGCUCUUAUUUAUCGGAUGAUAAUCACCAGUGCAUUUGAUUUAAAAAAUGGUUUAUCAGAAUAAGACGAUCGAUGUUACUGACAUUCCAAAAUAUGUUUACAAUGAUUUCACUGUAAAGUUGACAUUAAAGAACUACAAUACAAUAGGGCAGUAUAUAUAUGACAGAAAAUAUGUACAUGUAUCACCGAGAUAUUCUUGUUGCCGUAGCUGAAAUGUAAAGAAAUAAUAACAACGCAGAGCUGAAAUGAAACGCUUAUGCUCAAACACAGCAAGUGUACUGCUGCAACUAUAUUUUUUAUUAAUAUUUUGCUUAGAACCUAAUUUGCUACAGUAAAAAUAUAUAUCAACAACAGUAUGUUCUCUUUCAAUAUCACUGUACAAAGUGGGAAUAUUAAACUGGCUGUGUAAAUAGCUUUUAAUGA